UCUGGGCCGGGAUUAAAGCAAUGUGCCAAGGCCUCAGCCUUAACAUGACACGCUCACGCUACGUGUGGCAACACGGCCGUGUCGUAACAGUGGCACACUUUCAGGCACGCUGCGCAAUAAGCCUCGUGCAUGCAUGCCUGCGUGCCAAUUAGAGGCCUAAUUGAUGUGUUUAUAAUCCUCACUUCCUCAGUGCUGCUCGACUCCUCCUCCUCGCUGCUCUUCUCCGUCCUGUUGGCUCAGCUGCCGCUGCUGACAUCAGCCCUGCCUGCCCACCCGAGGCGCCACCCGCCCACCCACGCCGACCUGGACAAGCUGACCAAUCAGACGAGGCACCUGCAGAAGUUGACCCAUGACCUGAUCAGCGACCAAGAGUUUGACUCCGUGAUCGACCACCACAGGUUCAAAUCUCUUCCAGCCAUCAGCGGCAGAGCCAAUGACCUCAGCUCACUGGAGUUGAAGCCCACUCUCUCUCAGCUUCACGCUGACCUGAAGUCAUUUGAGCAUCACUUCGAGUGGCUAAACAAAGUGACACGGAAGCACCACCACAGCUCAGCGCCGAAGCUGGGAGAAAUGAUCUCACACAUUAAGAGUCUGAUCACCUCACUGCACCGUCAGAUGAUGCGAGUGGACGCCCCUCGCCUUUCGGUGCCUUCCCCCUCCCUCCCUCCUCCUCCCUCGUUCCACUGGGAGAUGGACCAGUCGUCCCAGGAGCUCCUGCAGAGGUUCCGGCUGUUCUGCGACUGGGCGGCGCGAGCCUUCCUCAGCCUCAAGUCCAAAAUGCAGGCGUGAUGGGCCUCGGCCAAUCGCAACCCACCGUCACUACAACUCCA